UACGCUUUUCUUCCAUGUUGCUUACGGAGGUGAUCUAAGAGACUGGACAGAUUCGUUCAGUUGAAGUGGUUCCCGCCAUCGAUUGUGUCAGCGGGGCAACGCUCCCUGCAGGUCCUUUGCCCCGCGGCAGCGCAGCUCACCAGAAGCAAGCUCUGUGGCAGGUUUUGAAGACUACAGCUGCUGUAAGUAGCGCACACGUAAAUAGAGAUAAAAUCUCACAUAACAAAAACGCAUAAUAUAUUGAGAAAAUACACAUCCCCCAUAGUAAACGCCACAGGAAUUCCAAAUACGUUCGUUCACCGUCAUCUAUUUGCCCGCCCCCGACCGUUCCGAUGGCAUGGCUCCGGCCAGCGGCAGGACGAUGGAGACCUAGCAUCGCUAAAACGACCACUGAAUUACGGAAUCUUUCAGUGCAUCCGAUCCACUAAAAGCACCUCUACGGGACCACCAAAAGCCGAGGCCCAGGCGACCGAAGGCAGGUAUUCCAAAUUCUCGCGGCGCCUCUUUUGUUGCUGAUGCAACAAGGCGUGCAUCCACAUCGGAGCUAGAAGCUCAAAGAAGGCAUUGCCAUACAGCAAGAACGCUAACUACUUUCUUUUUUCUUGUCCUUUCCAACGGCUGCCACUGCUCGAAAAUUCUCCGUUUGUCAGCCGGCGCACCAUGCACCACCACCGCAUUCCCUCCGUCGGCCGCACGUGUUGCCGUGGAGCUUCCUCCAGCGUCCGUUUUUAUACCUGUGUGUCCCGCACCUCACCUCUUGCGACCCGACUUGCUAGCUCUUCGUUUUCUUCUUCUUCCCGCCUUCACCAUCCGCUUUGCUUCACACACAAACCAACCUUUUCGUCUUUCGAUACCCGAUCCGUAGCAACAAUGGCUUCCGCUACAAGCUUCUACGAUUUCAAGCCCAAUGACAAGCGCGGCCAAGAGGUCCCUCUUUCCGACUUCAAGGGCAAGGUUGUCUUGAUUGUCAACACCGCCUCCAAGUGCGGCUUCACUCCCCAGUACGCUGGUCUCGAGACCCUUUACAAGGGCCUCAAGGAGAAGUACGGCGACGACUUCACGAUCCUUGGCUUCCCUUGCAACCAGUUCGGUGCCCAGGAGCCCGGCACCGAUGACGAGAUCCAGAACUUCUGCCAGAUCAACUACGGCGUCAGCUUCCCCAUCAUGCAGAAGAUCGACGUCAACGGCGAUGGCGCUGCUCCUCUCUACCAGUGGCUCAAGAGCGAGAAGUCUGGUCUUCUUGGCUUGAAGUUCAUCAAGUGGAACUUUGAGAAGUUCCUCAUCGGCCGCGACGGCCAGGUCAAGGGCCGCUGGGCCUCCACCACGAAGCCUGAGUCCCUUGAGAAGGACAUUGUUGCCGAGCUCGAGAAAAAGGCCGAAUAGAUUUCCUGAUCAAAAAAUGAUGGAGGAAUAAGAGCCCAGGCACAUGAUGGUGCGAAACUGUGAUACCAUACGGCUCAUUAUUGCUUGAUUAGUUAUAUGCUCAGUGCGCUAAGAGGAGGUGGAUGUAAUGCUGC